UGAUUACAGAUAAACUGAAAAGUCAAUUUCAACUGCCAAAACAAACCAUAUUCCUAUUUCUGUUGCCAAAUGACUUAAAGCAUAGCCAUCCAAAUUCCAAAGCUCUCUCUUUCUUUCUCUUUCUCUAAACACCUUCCUAUGCAGAUACCUCACAUGCCCCCUCUUCUUCCCUUUGGCUUCUUCUCCUUUUUGAAUCCUUAAAACGAGUUUAAGUUUUUAUUUUCUUUCUUUUUUUAUGUACUACCGUUAGUGUUUCAAGUUUCAAGCUUUGAUUCUAGUGUUAGAGAAAAGCCUUAUGUACCGCCUUACCUUUUGAUAUAACUCACUACACUACUCUACACUACAUCAACCUUUCUUUCUCUCUCUCUCUCUCUCUCUCUGUCUCUUGAAAAUGAUUACGAAAGGUAGGAUCUUUAUGAGCUAAAGGUUUAAUCUUCCCAAAAUGGUUGAACAAUAUGGUGGCUAUAAUGCCUGGCCGCCUAUUGGAUCUCCACUGCUGAAUUUACAAAGAGAUGAGAACUGGAAACAAGAGCACUUCGAUAACUCUGUCAACGCAGUGUCUUUUGGCUUUGUAGCUACUGCUAUUCUUAUCUCUAUGUUCUUGGUCAUGGCCAUCUUUGAAAGAUUUCUCAGACCCGCUUCUGGUAGAAGCCAUGGUGACAUUGAGUCCCAAAUGGGCCUUAAUCCUAAGCUCGGACACCCAUCUCCAAAAAUGACUGUAUAUGCUAAUGGAGUUUCUGUGCUGAUGCCUGGAGACAACAUUCCUACUUUUAUAGCACAUCCAGCACCAGUCCCUUGUCCGCCCGAACGCUGCUCUCACCAACUUCACAUCGAUUCAUUUUUUAAUCCCCAAGACCUCUCCUCCACUUCUAAUGCAAACUCGAGGUUAAGCUCAAGCUCAAGGCAACAAAACUAAGCAAUGUCCACUGCAACAAGUUAAAAGAAUUACGAUUACGGGCUUUGAUAUAAGCUCACGGCACACAAGCAAACAUGUUUUUCUGGAAUUCUGGAAUAGAAGUUGUUCUUUUUUAAUUCAUUUCUUACCCAUAGUAUGCUGUGUAUAUAUAUAACAUUAGUUUUUUUUAUGGGCGGGAAGAAUCGAGGGAGCUUACAUAUGAUAUAGUAUUUUUCAAGCAGCAGGCCAGGCUUCCACCCAGAAUCAUCUUGCUUCGCAUUUGCAUCAUUUCCAUGUCCAAAGUUUCUCUAGAUAGGAUUUGGAUCCUUGAAGAUGGAUUGUUUUGGCCGUCAAAUGGGAUCAGUCUACUUGUAAGAAGAGGAAUGUAAUUAUUGUUGGCCAUCAAAUUUUCUGGAGCCUUUAUGCAUAUUGAGCUUCAAAGCAUUUGUAUUUUGUUGUAGAUGACAUUUUGCACCAUCA